GUGUGUGUGUGUGUGUGUGUGUGUGUGUGUGUGUGUGUGUGUGUGUGUGUGUGUGAACCUAUAAACCUUUAUGAGUCACUCAGAAAAGAGGAAGAGAUGGAGGAUCGUCUGAGUGGGUGGGGCUGAACAGGAUGGUGAUGGGAAUGAUGAUGAUGAAAGGGAGGAGAGAGAGAGAGAGAGAUGGAAGGAGGGAGGGAAAGGGGACGUGUUUCCGUGUGUCAGAUCUGGAGUUGGUGGUCGUCAUCGUUCCCAGAGCAGGAUUUGUAGAGAAUUUGUGAAUUGUAAAGGAAAGAAGAACCUGGAAUCCAUCCAUCCGUCUUUCCAUCCUUCUAUCUUUCUAUCUUCCCAUUUGAAACUCCAUCAGGAGGUUUUUUCCUUCUUCUUCCACUUUGCUCCUGUUUUCUUUCUAUUUGUGUGUUGUUGUUUUUUGGCUCGCCCCGUUGUGUGUGUGUGUGUGUGUGUGUGUGUGUGUGUGUGUGUGUGUGUGUGAGUGGAACCUGGAGCAGAACCAUGUCUCUGUGGAUAGGAAGUGAGACGGCGGAGGAGUGAGAACAGGAUGGCGUAUACACAGCUGGAACCCGUCAACGAGGGUCUGCUGUCCACAUUGACGGAUCUCUUGCUGUGCCGCUGGUCGUGUGGAGCAUGUUGGCGGUGGUUUUGGGAAUGUAGCUGCUGUCAGACCUCUGAGGAAGAAGUGGAGAUUCUGGGACCGUUUCCUGCACAGACGCCCUCCUGGCUCAUCAACGACUGUAAUGAUGAUAAAGAGUCCAACUCUCACCUGGUGCUGCAUGAUCUUGUCCCCCCAGCCCACACCGCCACUCCGGGCAGUACCAGUCCCAGCUGCACCAGUCCCAGUUGCCGGGGUGCCACCUCAGAGACCUCCCGCUCCACCUUCAGCCUCGCACGCCAGCUCUCCAGUUUGGAUUCGCGGCGUCCAAGCUCCCCACUGGUGGACACAAAGCCUGUUGAAUUCUGGGCCAUGUCCCCGAGAAAGGAGGCGGUUCAGCCCCUACGCAAAGCACAGCCUCCUCCAGACGACUAUUACCGCAAGCUGGAGCCUCGGCUGUACUCGUCUGAAUCUGGAGGAGAUGAUGUGGACUCUCUGAGUGAUGAGGAGCUCCUGCUGCGCUACCAGCUCGGUCUCCUGCACUUCAGUACGCAGUACGAUCUUGUGCGCUGCCAGCUGAUCGUGCGAGUCAUCGAAGCGCGGGACCUGCCCUCUCCUGGUGCAGGUGUAGCUCACUCCAACCCCUACGUUAAGAUGAGCCUCCUGCCUGACCACAAGAACUCACGGCAGACCGGCGUUAAGCGCAAGACGCAGAACCCUGUAUUUGAGGAGCGCUUCACAUUCGAGUUGCCGUUCCUCGAGGCCCAGCGCCGGACGCUGCUGCUCUCCGUGCUGGACUUUGACAAGUUCUCACGCCACUGCGUGAUCGGCAAAGUCACGCUCCCGCUCAGCGAGGUGGACCUGGUGAAAGGAGGACACUGGUGGAAGGCUCUUGUUCCCAGCUCACAGAAUGAGGUGGAACUCGGGGAACUGCUGCUGUCAUUAAACUACUUGCCAAGUGCCGGGCGACUGAAUGUGGACGUCAUCAGGGCCAAACAGCUGCUGCAGACUGACAUGUGCCAGGGUUCAGAUCCCUUUGUGAAGGUUCAGCUGGUGGCAGGCCUGAAGCUGGUGAAGACGAAGAAGACGUCGUGUAUGAGGGGAACCAUUGACCCCUACUUCAACGAGUCCUUCAGCUUCCGGGUUCCUCAUGAGGAGCUGAGUGAGGUUAGCCUGGUGUUUUCAGUUUACGGCCACAAUAUGAAGAGCAGUAACGACUUCGUGGGCCGCGUGGUGAUUGGUCAGUUCUCCACGGGGCCGGCUGAGACCACGCACUGGCGGCGUCUACUGCGUUCCCAGCGUACGCCGGUGGAACAGUGGCACAGCCUGCGGUCUCGCGCCGAGUGUGAUCGCGUCUCUCCUGCCUCGCUCGAGGUCACGUGAUGGACAGAGACAGGAAGUGUGGACCCAUUAGUGGGUGGGGCUUCAGAAGAGUGCUGAUCUGAUUGGACCUGAAACUGACUCGUGUUCUGCUCUGGUGUUAUUCACGAACCUUAUUCAGAACAUGGACUGCUGAGGAAGACCAUGCAGCACAACUCAUCACACUGACACUGUCUUCAUAGAGAACUUAAUAGCCUCAUCAUUGACUUGGCUCAGGCUGAGAUCAGCGGGAUCCUUCCUCAACCUCAUCUUCAUCCUCGUCCUCAACCUCCUCUCCUUGUCCUUCUCAUCCACCUUCUCCCAAUUCUCAUCAUUAUCAUCCUUCUCAACCUUAACAUCCUCUUCCUCAUCCAUUGACCUACUCCUCCUCUCUCUCUUCCUUGUCCUCAUCUUCCUUUUUCUCACCCAAGUCCUUGUCCAUGUCCUCCUUCUUCUCAUCUUUCUCCUCAUUCUCCUUUUCCUUAUCUUCUUGCUCAUCCCCUUACUCCUCUCUUUCUUCUUCCGUGUCCAUGUCCUUCUUCUCCUCAUCCUCUUCCUCCUCCUCUUCUUCAUUCUCCUCAUUUUGUUCCUCUUUUAUGUCGUUAUUCUCAUCCUUCUCCUUCUCCUCAUCUCCUUGCUCAUUCUUCUCAUCUUCCUCCUUGUCUAUGUCCUCCUCCUCCUACUGAUGUUGUGGGAUGUCGUUGCUUCUGUUAAUCAGCUGAUUGUAUUUUUUUGUAUUUCAGGUCUUUGUGAAUGAAUCAGUAAUAAUGCAGCUUUCAGUUCCACACUAUGAGCUCCGUCUGUGUGAGAUCUAGAAAUCUCUUAAUAUACGAGUGUCCAAUCAAAUCUGCUUCUGCAAUCCCAUUCCAAAAAUUUCUCAAAACUCUGAGCUCAAUCAGUCAAACGUUCUCCCGUCCUACUCGUGUAACAUGUCCAAUCCAAUCACAUUCUCUCGCUUUCUUUUAACAAAACUAUCUGAUCUUUUCUUUAUCCAAUCAAAACUAGUUUUUCAUUCAAACAAAAAAAACCUUUAACACUAUGGUCACAUGACUCUGGGUGUUUUUCUAAAGCCCUUUAGGUGGUGCUGUUGUGCUCAUGAACAUCAAUUUAUCAUCCAUCCAAUGAACGCGAUUUGGAUAUGAACAUUUUACACAUUAAAUUAUUUACAAAUUAAAAUACAUGCAACACAAAACCCCUCAGACGGAGCUUCAGACUCGUGUGUUCCUCAGGUGUGUUCUCAUUUAUUUAUUCAUUUAUUUUAAAUAUUUCCCCUGUGAUCUGCAGUCCUUUUGGUGUUGGAGUAGAUGAUGCAGACGUAUAUGUGUGUGUUUCUGUCUUAGUGGUCAUGUCCUGCCUCGUCUCUCGUCCAUAAGCAUCCGUCAGGAUUUGUAAGCGUAGUGUAAACCCAGGACGUGACGUAGCCACGUGUCGUGUUCGUGUCUUACGCUGUUUGUGUGAAUCUCAGUGUUUAUAUUCAAUUCGAGUAGAAACAAAUACGACUUUAGAAUCAUGAGCCAUGUGCCAGUGAUCUUAUUUAGGUAAAAUGUCUAGAUGUGUAAAGAUUCUCUUUAAUCUGUAAAUGUACAUGACUUACACUGACACUGUGUACGGACGAGAAGAACUGAACAAAAUAUGUGAUGCUUCAGGUUUUAAGAGAAAGAAAUAAACAAUAAACAAUAAAUGAAAUAAAGAGGUGCUGAAAUAAAA